GGCCGUCUGGAUUCCAGAGAGGAGGCCUCUCCCUGCUAUUGAGGUUUUACGCCGUUUUCUUGCUGUUUCACACUUGCGUUGACGUUGGUUUGAACCACUCUCCUUGUCAGCCAUCUCCAUCGCUUCAUUUCUCCCUCCCUUGGCAUCUUGUACUGCUUGUGUGUGUGUGUGUGUGUGUGUGUGAGAGAGAGAGAGAGAGAGAGAGAGAGAGGGCUGGUGGGGUUUCCGAGGCCAGGCGACGACGGAGGUGCGUCACGGGCUGGAGUGACGGUGAGCGAAUCUGAGGGAGAAGGAAAAGCAGGAGAAGAAGGAGAAAGCGAGGGAACAGGGGGGCCGGGAGGGAAAGGACGAGGAGGAGGUGCAAAAGGGAGGGGAGGAGGAAGAGCUGAACGAGAACUGACAAAGGUGGCAAGGAAGGCGAAGUGGGAGGAAGGGGGGAGGAAGAAGGGAAAGGGGAGGGGUAAAGUGUGGAAGGGAGAAACGAGAGGAGGAGAACGAGGAUCAAGAGGAAGGGGAGGAGGAGAACGCGGAGCAAAAGUAGGUGGAGGAGGAGAACGAGGUGCAAGAGGAGCAGGAGGAGGAUCCUGUUCUCUAUCCCAUUCCAGAACUGUCUCAUCAUCAUUUCAUCAUAUAUUCGUCGCUGUGGGUUGUGGUUGGCUGUGACUGUGACGGAGAGCGAGGUAGCGGCAUAUGACUUGCCACCGAUCAACAUUAUUCACGCAUGAUUGCCUACGGGAGUUGGCCGUCUUUUCGGGUGAGAGGCGGCGGUGACUGCCCAGGAGUGGCAGGAAGAGGCGAAGUAGAAAGGGAGAGGGAGGGGAAGAAGGCGGGAGGAGCUAAGGCGGUCGGAGGCAUGCAGCGUCCGGUCAACAGUCUUCAUCGCCAACCUUUAGUCGAAAAAGAAGAAGCGAAGUACCUCCUUUCUGUCAGUCCUGUCCUCUGAGGUUGAAAAGGAGGACGGGAGUGGGAGGGGGAGGGAAGAGAAGGAAGGGCUGGUCGUCGUCGGUUUACCUUCCGCUUUGAAGGGAGAGGGAGGGGUUGAGGAGGGGCGCUGGACUGGGUCGUUAGCUCCCCUUUGCGCGAGAGGUGGAGAACGAAGAGGAGGGGUUUUGUGGCUGGCUCUCUUCGCGCGAGGGGAGCAGAAACAGUAGGAGGUUUUGGUCGUUAGCUACCCCUGCUUGUUGCAGGUGUGUUCGUGUUUUGACCCCGUAGACAUCUCCAGCGGGACGAAGCCGAAGAGUGGGCGCCGGGCUUUCAGCCCAUUGCGCGCGCACACUAUAGCAUGGAUGCGAAGAUUCAGAGCAGUCCACGACCUCAGCAGGGGCCGAGGCCAUCGUGCGGCCGACGAGUGGUUGCAGGCAAACGGCAGCUAUCGGACGACAGCAAGAAUUCCGUCAGGAAACUUCUUAAGAGGGAGAUUAGUCGCAGUGGGAACUGGUCAUUUAACAGAACAAGCUCGCAAGAGAAAUUUCGAAAUUUCCGUCUCCAGGAGGAAUUUGACACACACGACCCGAAAGCACACCAGUUCUUGAAGCUGCCGUUCUUGAAGAAAAGGUCGCGAAUUGUGGAAAUCGUAGCUGCUCGCGAUAUAGUAUUUGCUCUUGCUCAUUCUGGAGUAUGCGCUGCUUUUAGCAGAGAGACCAAUAGACGGAUAUGCUUCUUGAAUAUCAGUCCAGAUGAAGUUAUUCGGUCCCUUUUCUACAACAAGAAUAACGACUCCCUCAUCACAGUUUCUGUAUAUGCUAGCGACAACUACAGCUCUCUCAAAUGCCGAACUACUCCCAUUGAAUAUAUCAGAAGGGGCCAGCCUGAUGCAGGGUUUCCACUCUUUGAGUCAGAAUCUUUGCGGUGGCCUGGUUUUGUAGAAUUCGAUGAUGUCAAUGGAAAGGUUCUCACGUACUCGGCGCAGGACAGGAUCUACAAGGUGUUCGACUUGAAGAACUACAAUCAGUUGUAUUCAAUAUGCGACAAGACAGUGCAGGAAAUCAAGAUAAGUCCUGGAAUCAUGCUGCUCAUCUUUGACAGGGCGCAGAGUCAUGUGCCUCUGAAGAUCUUGUCCAUAGAAGAUGGGCAAGUACUGAAGGCCUUCAACCAUUUGCUGCAUCGAAACAAGAAGGUUGACUUCAUUGAACAGUUCAAUGAGAAGCUUCUAGUGAAACAAGAGAACUCCAAUCUGCAAAUUCUUGAUGUGAGGAAUUCGCAGUUGACAGAAGUGAGCAAGACAGAGUUCAUGACCCCGUCAGCAUUUAUAUUCCUGUAUGAGAAUCAGCUCUUCCUCACGUUCCGGAACCGGACGGUGGCAGUCUGGAACUUCAGAGGGGAACUUGUCACAAGCUUUGAGGACCAUCUUCUCUGGUAUCCGGACUGCAACACGAACAACAUAUAUAUCACCAGCGACCAAGACUUGAUCAUCUCGUAUUGUAAAGCGAAUCCUCAUCAGGGAAAUUCUUCAGGGGGUUCGAUUAACAUCUCCAACAUCUUGACUGGGAAGUGCCUUGCUAAGAUACGAGCAGACGAUGAGAAUGUUAGAUGCGGAGGGUCGACAAAAAGAAGCAGCGUCGCCCAGGUAGCGGAAACCCUGGAGGACGUAACGGCGUUGUUCUAUGAUGAAGAGAGAAACGAGAUCUAUACAGGCAAUAAGCAGGGCCUGGUACAUGUGUGGUCGAAUUAGGCGAAAACAAGGCAGAGCAUUGGCAGGCUAGAUCCAUCCUCGUCUGAAACGAAAUGAAGGGGUAGUGGUGCAGGUAAUUCGUUGAGAUCAAAGUCUCUUUGAUGCUCUCUUUCAUGGCCACCACGUGGCAGCUGGGAGGGAGACAGGGAAGUGUGAGGGGAAGUUCGGAGGAUGGAGACGAGCACUUGUAGGAUAGCUUUGAAAGUUGGAGUUAGUGGGGUCUGGGGAAUUUGACGUCACGCAAGAGUGUUAGGUUUGCUCGAGGACACAGGAAUGAGCUGCAGCAUUCAGAGGGCAAAGUGUUUAGGAGAAGUAUGUGGGGUGGCCAAGGAGUCCUGCAGGCAAGAGUGCCAUGGAUGGAGGAGGAAAACUGGGACGGUGGGAGUUGGAGAGCCUGGUACAGCAGUGCAACCAGGACUUAUUCACAUUCAUGUUCCGCUGGGGCAUGUGACGAGCCAUGAUAAUGCCUGCAUCUGAAGGUUUUUGUUUCUGUUGCUUCCGGGCAUAUCACCAGUUAAAUAACUCAGCUUCGAGAUGCAUGCUAUGUCGGGAACGGUCAAGUUGGUGUACCUUAGAAAGAGCAGAACCUUUGUGAUAUUUGUUUGUAGAGACAUUGAAAGAGAGACCUAUUUUAAGGGGACAAAUGGGAAAAAAAUCUGAUUUCUUUUGGUCCGCUUGUCAGCAAAUUUUUCUAAUGCGACCGAUGUACACAAAGCUUCUACUGUCCACUCUCCCCCCCCUCCCUCCCUCAUGCUUCACUCCCAUUCAUUUCAUCGCAAGGUUGUCUUUUUCAGCCUUUGCCUUUCAUCUCCUUAGUAUUGAAUGGGUUAGGGAAUGCCUUUUCAUUUCCGUAGAACAGGUGUAUUAUCUUCUUUGUGUGUGUGUGUGUGUGUGUGUGUGUGUGGGUGGGUGGGGGUGGGUGUGCGUGUGUGUGUGUGUGUGUGUGUGUGUGUGUGUGUGUGUAGGUGUGGGUGGGUGUGCGUGUGUGUGUGUGUGUGUGUGUGUGUGUGUGUGUGUGUGUGUGUGUGCGCGCGCGUGUGUGUCGCACGUACACGUCCGUGUGUGUGUGUCGCAGUGCUGGAUAUCCUGGAUCUGCUGCAAACGGGUUUUAGAAUUGGAAUGUUGACGACCCCAACCCUCUCGGGAUGAAUGCCCAUAUGGAGUAGAAGUUGCCUGUGGUUACUUCGAUGUUUCGAAUCUGCGUCCUUUCUGUUGCUGAGGAUGUAGUGAGAGCCCGCCCAUAUGGAGAUGUGUGCACAGGUUUCUGUCAGGAAUGAUGUGGUGGGCUAGAGGCCCACAGCGAGUGCCACCUCAAUUUCAAUUUAGCAGAGCCUUCUGUGAUGGGGUUGUUUCAGUCUUUUCGCUAGCAGAUGCUGUAGUCCAUCUCCAGUCACUGUUUCGCGGACAAGCCACUGUACUAUGUGCAGUGCAUCUCUUUGUUAGGCGGUCACAGAUUGACGUGUUGAAUGAUAUGCUUUGUUUGGUACGGACGUAUGGCAUGUGUGGUUGGUUAGUCUAUGCCACUUACAUUGUAAUGCGAGGAGGCGAAGAAGUGAGUGAUUAAACUGAUGCUCGAUUUCUUGUCCGAUUCUAAAACUCUCUGACUGAUUCUUGCUCGCUUGCGACAAAGAAGUGAUUAUCGGAUGCCGUGUUUUUUGUCUCUGCUUCUGAAAACUCUCUGUUUCAUGACAAGUUUCGGUGAUUCCAAACUUGUUUCAGCUCUAUGAGAUAGAGAUCCACCUCCACACCUUCGUCACCUUGUUCUCCUUCUUUUUCCAUCAUGAACAAAAAGUAGACUUCGGC